AUGUCCAGCGCCGUGCCCAAAACCUUCUGGUCGUCCCCAAUCCGCUAUCUGCGAUGGUGUGCACACGAGAAGCCAGCUAUAUUCUACUCGAUCAUCAUCGGCGCAAUGGGACCAGUCUCGUUAGUUGUGAUUCCUCCGCUGAGGAGGAUGGCAGGUGAUCAGGAUCCCCCGCGGAUACCGUUGACUUAUCCUAGUGAGUGCUUUGAUCUUUCAGUUCUGGGUCGGUGGUCGUCAAAUCUUGGAUUUAUUGAGAAAGGCCUUGAGAUGCGGCGGAAAUCUGAGAGCCUUAAUGUGCUGACGAUCAUGGAUUUUGGGUAUGACAGUUCCAAAAACCCCAAGGAAGACACCGGAAGGAUUUGA